AUGAUGAGGUGGCACCUGACCGAUUUGAAAGCCAUGUGGUCCAUGCUCAGGAACAUCGGGUCGCUCCAGUUUUUUUACACGAUCAUUUUCCGCCUCAUUUUGUCGAUGUUUUGGCGGACCUUGUGGUACUGGAACUUCUUGGAAGACCGACUCCUGACUUACGUCAAGAAGACGGCCGUUGAGGGCGACCCGGCUAGCGUACUUGCAGCUAUUAGGAAAUAUAAUGAUUAUGAGUGGACGAUGGCUCUCCAACUGGAGAAAAAACUAAAGACGGAAGAAGUUGUCAAGAAGGCGGCCCCAAAAAUCUGCUUCGAGAUGGGUUGCUACGUGGGCUUGUCAGCCAUAACCGUGGCUAGUCAUAUCCCGCCGGGAGGUCGCCUGAUCACUGUGGAGUAUUUACCAAGAAUCGCCGAUGUGGCUAGGGAACUAGUCCACUUUGCUGGUCUUGAUCAGGUUAUAACAGUGAUCACGGGAACAGCAGAAGACGCCAUUAAAGUCCUCCGCAGCGAAUACCACGUGGACAAGCUGGAUUUCGUCUUCGUCGAUCAUUGCAAGUGGCAGUACCUACCCGACCUCAAGCUACUGGAGAAAGAGCGGUUGCUACGCAAGGGAACGGUUGUCAUGGCUGACGACAUGCUGUGGCCUGGUGCCCCUGACUACCUCGAAUACGUGGAGAACGACCCCAGGUACCAGACCGAGCGAUUUAACUGCACAGUGCCCAUGUUCAACGUACCUGACGCUUUGGCAAUUUCUGUCUACACAGGGGACGAUUAAAACCUAGGCUAACCUAGGCUUCUGAAAAACAAUACUGGACACCAUUCUAAAAUCGAACUAACAAAAAUAUUGUACUUGAUAGUAAAUAAUGGACUCGAACAUGCCAUGAAUUCAAUAUGCCCAGAAUGCUGUUAUUUUUCUCUUUUUUUUAGAAAAAAAUGGAAUUUACCACCACCUAUAGCGAUGGUUUGGACAUACCAUUGCAAAAAUAUAUUUUCCCCAAAAUACUAAAUUGACCGAAUUUAGCGCAGUUUGCAAUCGGUUACAUAUCCGAGAGUAUAAUUAUUUUCCCCGAGUGGCAAGUUGGGGAUCACACCACAAGAGGGUUCGAGUCAAAACGCAGUGAUGAACAUUUUUGAAAGGUAUAUGGCUUUCAACGAAACCUUGCUUUGCUUAUAGAGAAAAAUGAUGAUACAUUUCAUAGUUCGAUAUCUACUGUCAGCUGAAAUUUCCAACAGGUUAGGGUUUAACAAUCAGCUUCAGAAUUAUUGACUUGUUGUUCCUUGAAUCGGCAAAAAAAUACCCUUUUCCAGAA